CUCAAGCCAUCCACCCGCCUCAGCCUCCCAAAGUGCUGGGAUUACAAGUGUGAGCCAUUGCAACCAGCCUUGAUUUGUUGUUUUUUAAGCAGCAGGAGUAAUUUCUUUAGCUGAAAUGUAAGCAUAGAUGUUGAGGCCUGUGUGCUGACCUGUGUUAUGUUUGCGUUGUAAUUUAGAUUCGAGAAGUGGUUUAUCCUUUGACUGGAAAAGAAAAGUAGCUGCAGUAUUCCCCCAGCACUUGCUGAGAGCAUGCCUUACGUCAGGCUGUGAGGCUUGAGAGACAAGCAGUGGAAGAGUUGUGGCCUGUUUCAUCUCUGGAUUAUACAUCCGAGCCUCCUUCUGGCUCCUGGAAGGGGACAGCAUCACCAUGGAAUGAUUCCUAACCAGCAUAAUGCUGGAGCCGGGGGCCAGCAGCCUGCAGUUUUCAGAAUGGCCGUGUUGGACACUGAUUUGGAUCACAUUUUUCCAUCUUCUGUUCUUCCUCCACUCUGGGCUAAGUUAGUAGUGGGAUUGGUUGCCGUUGUGUGUUUUGCACGCAGCUAUGAUGGAGACUUUGUCUUUGAUGACUCAGAAGCUAUUGUUAACAAUAAGGACCUCCAAGCAGAAACGCCCCUUGGGGACCUGUGGCACCAUGACUUCUGGGGCAGUAGACUGAGCAGCAACACCAGCCACAAGUCCUACCGGCCUCUCACCGUCCUGACUUUCAGGAUUAACUACUACCUCUCGGGAGGCUUCCACCCUGUGGGCUUUCACGUGGUCAACAUCCUUCUGCACGGUGGCAUCUCUGUCCUCAUGGUGGACGUCUUCUCGGUUCUGUUUGGCGGCCUGCAGUACACCAGUAAAGGCCGGAGGCUGCACCUCGCCCCCAGGGCAUCCCUGCUGGCUGCGCUGCUGUUUGCUGUCCAUCCUGUGCACACCGAAUGUGUUGCUGGUGUUGUCGGCCGUGCAGACCUCCUGUGUGCCCUGUUCUUCUUGUUGUCUUUCCUUGGCUACUGUAAAGCAUUUAGAGAAAGUAACAAGGAGGGAGCGUAUUCUUCCACCUUCUGGGUGCUGCUGAGUAUCUUCCUAGGAGCAGUGGCCAUGCUGUGCAAAGAGCAAGGGAUCACCGUGCUGGGUUUGAAUGCAGUAUUUGACAUCUUGGUGAUAGGCAAAUUCAAUGUUCUGGAAAUUGUCCAGAAGGUACUGCAUAAGGACAAGUCAUUAGAGAGUCCCGGCAUGCUCAGGAACGGGGGCCUCCUCUUCAGAAUGACCCUGCUCACCUCCGGAGGGGCUGGGAUGCUGUAUGUGCGCUGGAGGAUCAUGGGCACGGGCCCGCCGGCCUUCACCGAGGUGGACAACCCGGCGUCUUUUGCUGACAGCAUGCUGGUGAGGGCCGUAAACUACAAUUACUACUAUUCAUUGAAUGCCUGGCUGCUGCUGUGUCCCUGGUGGCUGUGUUUUGAUUGGUCAAUGGGCUGCAUCCCCCUCAUUAAGUCCGUCAGUGACUGGAGGGUAAUUGCACUUGCAGCACUCUGGUUCUGCCUAAUUGGCCUAAUAUGCCAAGCCCUGUGCUCUGAAGACGGCCACAAGAGAAGGAUCCUUACUCUGGGCCUGGGAUUUCUUGUUAUCCCAUUUCUCCCCGCGAGUAACCUGUUCUUCCGAGUGGGCUUCGUGGUCGCGGAGCGAGUCCUCUACCUCCCCAGCGUUGGCUACUGUGUGCUGCUGACUUUUGGAUUUGGAGCCCUGAGCAAACAUACCAAGAAAAAGAAACUGAUUGCUGCUGUCGUGCUGGGGAUCUUACUCAUCAACAUGCUGAGAUGCGUGGUGCGCAGCGGCCAGUGGCGGAGUGAGGAACAGCUUUUCAGAAGCGCUCUGUCUGUGUGUCCCCUCAAUGCCAAGGUUCACUACAACAUUGGCAAAAACCUGGCUGAUAAAGGCAACCAGACAGCUGCCAUCAGAUACUACCGGGAAGCCGUAAGAUUAAAUCCUAAGUAUGUUCAUGCCAUGAAUAAUCUUGGAAAUAUCUUAAAAGAAAGGAAUGAGCUACAGGAAGCUGAGGAGUUGCUGUCUUUGGCUGUUCGAAUACAGCCAGACUUUGCUGCUGCGUGGAUGAAUCUAGGCAUAGUACAGAACAGCCUGAAACGGUUUGAAGCCGCAGAGCAAAGUUACCGGAUGGCAAUUAAACACAGAAGGAAAUACCCAGAUUGUUACUACAACCUCGGGCGUCUGUAUGCAGAUCUCAAUCGCCACGUGGAUGCCUUGAACGCGUGGAGAAAUGCCACCGUGCUAAAACCAGAGCACAGCCUAGCCUGGAACAACAUGAUUAUACUCCUCGACAAUACAGGUAAUUUAGCCCAAGCUGAAGCAGUUGGAAGAGAGGCAUUGGAAUUAAUACCUAAUGAUCACUCUCUCAUGUUCUCGUUGGCAAACGUGCUGGGGAAAUCCCAGAAAUACAAGGAAUCUGAAGCUUUAUUCCUCAAGGCAAUUAAAGCAAAUCCAAAUGCUGCAAGUUACCAUGGUAAUUUGGCUGUGCUUUAUCAUCGCUGGGGACAUCUAGACUUGGCCAAGAAACACUAUGAAAUCUCCUUGCAACUUGACCCCACGGCAUCAGGAACUAAGGAGAACUAUGGUCUGCUAAGAAGAAAGCUAGAACUAAUGCAAAAGAAAGACGUCUGAUCCUUUUUCCUUCAUGUUUUCAGUUUGAGUGUGUGUGUGCAUGAGGCAUAUCAUUAAUAGUAUGUGGUUACAUUUAACCAUUUAAAAGUCUUAGACAUGUUAUUUUAUUGAUUUUUUCUAUGAAAACAAAGACAUGCAAAAAGAUUAUAGCACCAGCAAUAUACUCUUGAAUGCUUGAUAUGAUUUUUCAUUGAAAUUGUAUUUUUUCAGACAACUCAAAUGUAAUUCUAAAAUUCCAAAAUUGUCUUUUUUAAUUAAACAGAAAAAGAGAAAAAAUUAUCUUGAGCAACUUUUAGUAGAACUGAACUUUCAUUUGGGAUCUGAGCCUUGUCGUGUGUGGACUAGCACUAUUAAACUUCAAUUAUGACCAAGAAAGGAUAGACUGACCCCUACAAUUUGUAUAAAUAUUGAACGUGUCUAUAUAUUAGCAUUUUUAUUUAAUGACAAAGCAAAUUAAGAUUCUUGUUUUUUUAUCUCUUUUUUUAAAACAAUAUACUGUGAACUUUGUAAGGAAAUAUUUAUUUGUAUUUUUAUGUUUUGAAUAGGGCAAAUCGAAUGAGGAAUGGAAAUUGUAACAUGUAGUAUAUCUAGAUCUAUAUGCUUUUCCCCAUAGGAAGAAAUUGACUUCUGCAGUAGUUUUUGGAUGCUCUGACUUGUGCAAUUUCAAUACAUAGGAGGUUAUGUAAUGUAAUAUUUUACAUAAACAGUUACUAUCAGUUGAAAGUUCAGGCCAUACUUUAGGCAAAAGCAGGCAGCCUCACAUCUUUAUUUUUGUUACAUCCAAGGUGAAGAGGGCAACACAUCUGUGUAAGUUGCUUUUUAGUGUUUUUAACUGAAAAGCCGUUUUCCAUUUUGCUUAAUGAAACUACAGACAUUAUCCAGAAAAUGCAAAAUUUUCUCUCAAAUGGAGCCACAUUCGGGGAAUUUGUGGUAUUUUUAAGAAUGGAGUUGUUCCUGCUGUUAUUUGAUCCAAACAAUGUUUUGUUUUGUUCUUCUCUGUAUGCUGUUGACCUAAUGAUUUAUGCAAUCUCUGUAAUUUCUUAUGCAGUAAAAUUAUUACACAAACUAGCAUGAAAAUGUCAAAUUGCUUUCUUAAUCGAUGAUUUUCAAGUAGUGAACUUUAUAUCCUCCUUUACCUUAAAAUGAAAUCAAAGUGACCAUAUCAUC